CUGGCGCAUGCGCUCGUUCUAACGGCCAGGGAGCUGGACGAUGGCGUUUUGUUCCUUUUUUGGCGGAGAGGUUUAUAAAGAUCACUUUGAAGUGGGGAUAUACGUCUGUUCAAAGUGUGGACAUGAAUUGUUUUCCAGCCAAGCUAAAUACAACCAUUCCUCACCAUGGCCUGCUUUUACUCGAACUAUUCAUCCGGACAGCCUAUCGAAGAGAAAGGAAGACAGAAAUGCCCUAAAGGUUUCUUGUGGAAAGUGUGGGAAUGGACUUGGUCACGAGUUCCUCAAUGACGGGCCCAAGCAAGGCCAGUCACGUUUCUGAAUAUUCAGCAGCUCGUUGAAGUUCGUUCCCAUGGUCAGUGGACCUCUUGAGGAAAAAUAAGGCGAGCAUGGAACUUUUUUAUUAAUCAACUGAAAGCUGUAAUGUUUAAAAUACCAAGAAACUAAACAUAUAGAAGAAUUACUGUUUCAUCUGGAAAUAGCAACAAAGGAGUCCUUGGUAUUUUUUUUGGUGUUUAGUCAUUACAUGAAGUUUUCUGGAUAAACUCUUCCUUGAAUGUCCAGAAAAUCGAUACUUGCAUGAUUACACUGACAAAAAUACUUACUGUGUGGAGGAAGUUGAAUUUGAUUUUUAAAUAUUAUCUAAUCUUUUGAAAAUGUCAUGGAAAGCACAACAUGGGAGUAGGGUAACAUUUGCAGCGGCUCGUUUUUCUCUGGGAUUUUGCAACAGAAAACAGUCUUAAUCAUUUGUUCAAAUAAUGUUUUGGGUAACAAAGCUAUCCAAGGUAUAUGAGGACAAAAUAUUAAACUAAAACGUUGCCUUGUCAGUUAAAGCAAAAUGUACUUAUGAUCCUAAGCAAAUAGUGGCUGUGACAACAAAUUUUACAAUGUGACACCAAAGUGAUAUAUUUAUGUAGUGUAUUAAAAUAUUGUUUAAGUACUGUUAGAAAUAGAAAAUGUUAUAGAAAAGGAAAAAGAAUCACAGUAGUUGAUAGGGGAUUAUUGCUUAAAUCCUGGCUUUGUGACCAACUUUGGGGCCAUUGCUGACAAAUAAUUAGGGAACUUAUUACGAUGAGGUAUUGUAGAUUAGGCAGCACCUCUGUAAGCAACUUUUUAUUACGCUAUUCGGCAUUAGUCACUAAGUGUCUUUAGUAGUUUCUGUGGUCGGUCAUAUAGCCAAUGGAUCCCUUCUUUUCUGUCCACCCCACCUGCUUUACUUAAAGGUAUGCAGAAUCAGUCGCAGAUUAGUAUUGUGCAAGAUAAUGAAAAAUCUUUUGGGGAGGUGCGUGAGAAAGGACUGAAAUUAAAGAUUGAAGUUUAUCUUUUCCUGAAUCUUUUAACACUAUGUACACUUUGCUUGGGACAAACGUUUCUGGUUAGAUUUUAAAUGCACAACAUAUGUACUGUUGAUUUUUCUAAAUUAAAAAAUAUUUUGAAUCCUG